CAGAUUUCCGGCUUUCUACUUCCGGUCGAAAAUUUUUGAAAAAAAGAUUUUUGUGAUAGAAACUUAUUAUUUCUCCCUAACCACGUUGUUGACGUCUUCGUAAUCAUAUCACAACUAUGCCUACCGAUGUCGAGACACUAAUGGAAAUGGGAUUCCCAAAGAAUAGAGCUGAAAAAGCCUUAGCCAAGACAAAUUUCAAAGGUGUUCAAAAUGCAAUGGACUGGUUGUUCAACCAUAUGGAUGAUGCUGACAUAGAUGACCCCUAUGAGGCACCUAAAGGCCACACACUGGGGGAGGAGAGUAAACCAGCAGAUGACAGCAGUCAACAAGGUCAGGGGAUAAGUGGUGACAAUGCAAGUCCAGGGGCACCAGCUGAAGGAGAUGCAUCAACAGGGGAGGUUCAACAGCCAAAAUCUCUAAAAUGUGAUGAAUGUGGUAAACUGCUGUCUAGCGAGAAUGCUGUCCAGAUGCAUGCAGCCAGGAGUGGACAUCAAAGCUUCUCUGAGUCCACUGAGGAGAUAAAACCUUUAACUGAGGAAGAAAAGAAAGCUCAAUUAGAAAAACUUCAGGAGAUACGAAAGCAAAAAAGGCUCGAAAAGCAAGAAAAGGAAAAGAGAGAUCAGCUUGAAAGAGAAAUCCAGAGGAGAAAAUUUGGUAAAGAAGUCCAGACUGCAAAACAAACCAUGGCUGAGAAAGAGAUGAAGAAAUUAGCUGAAGAAAGAAGAAGAGAGAAGAUGGAAGAAAAAAUAGCAAGACAAAAAGUGAAAGAACAAAUUGAAAAAGACAAACGAGAUAGAGCAGCAAAAUUUGCUAAGACAGAUCCCUCAGUGAACACUGCAGCUCCAGCAACAGCUACUGCGGCACCCCCUGUGCAAGUUGAGAAGAAAGAAUAUGACACAUGUAGAAUACAGAUUCGAUUAACAAAUGGGACAUCAAUAACACAAUCAUUCCAAGCUAAAGAAUCGCUAGCAGCUGUCAGGUUGUUUGUAGAAAUGAAUAGGACUGAUGAAAAAGGCCCUUUCACUCUUAUGACAUCCUUUCCUAAAAAAGUAUUUACAGACGAUGAUAUGGAAAAGCCUUUACAGUUAUUAGGUCUAGUGCCAUCUGCAGUUCUUAUUGUCACAAAAAAGUAGUUUUGGAAAGGACCGCAAGAUUUCUGAUACAAUUGAACAACCAUACACGGCAGACAGACACUAUUAUAAAGAACCCUUUUUACAUUGACUGGCUGUAAAGUUAACAGGGCUUGACUACAGCAUUGACCAAUGGAUAGUAUUCAUUAGAUCAAUCAAACCAAUCAAAACAAGAAAACUGUAGAAUUGAAUUAUUUCUGUUAAAAAUGUAAAACUAUUAUGUUUAACGCU